GUCAUGUGACCUCCCCACCCCCCCUCUCAUCACUCUAUUUCUCUCUCAUCUCAAGCUCAGCUCAGCUCUCCUCUCUCUCACACAGACUCCCGCCAUCCCUGAUUCCCCGUCCCUGUCAUUCCCGUCGCGGCAAGCGGCAUUGCCCAAUUUAGCGCAGCGCAGAAACGAACCGAGCAAGCCGACCCCCUCACCGUCCACCCACGCCAAGCUCGCAGCGGCGGCACGGGCUCGCACCCGCACACCCCGCCAGCAGCGGAAUUCGAUCGAAGCAACAAAAACGCGAGCUAAAAAAAGGGGAAGCCGCGCGCGCAAUCCCCGGCCGGCACCGCGCCGCGCCCGCGCGCGUCGUCGUCGCCCUCGCUACAUUGCCGCCCGGGACCUCGGGCACCGCGGGGGGAAGGUUUCGGCGUUGCGCCACCGACCCACCGUUCCCGCGUGUUGCGUUGAUUCCCCCGAAUCGAACCAACGCGCGGCGCGGGGUCCCGGCCAUGGCGCAGCUGCCGCCCAAGAUCCCCACCAUGGCGCCGGCGUGGCCGGAGUUCGGGGGCGGGCACCACCACCACCACCACCAGCAGCAGCAGCGCAGCCCCUCCGUGGGCACGUUCCUCGCCGCGCCCAUGCCGCCGCCGCCGCUCCACCACCCGCCGCCGCAGCAGCAGCAGCCGUCGUGGGUCGACGAGUUCCUCGACUUCUCCGCCGCCAAGCGCGGCGCGCACCGCCGCUCCGUCAGCGACUCCGUGGCUUUUCUCGAGGCCGGCCCCGGCGACGGCAAUGCCGGCGUCGGGGCGCACGACUUCGACCGCCUCGACGACGACCAGCUCCUGUCCAUGUUCUCCGACGACCUGCAGCCGCCGCCGCCGCCAACGACGACGACCGCGCAAGCCGCGCCGGUGGCGAGCUCCUCGUCGCCGUCCGACCACAACAGCAUCAACGACGAGAAGACGGACAGGGGCGAGGCCGAGGAGGCGCAGAGCAAGUGCCACGGCGACGCCACCGCCGACGCCGCGCCGGCCUCCGCCGCCCCGGUCGAUCCUAAGCGUGUCAAGAGGAUCCUGGCGAACCGGCAGUCCGCGCAGCGGUCGCGCGUGCGCAAGCUGCAGUACAUCUCGGAGUUGGAGCGCAGCGUCACGUCGCUUCAGACGGAGGUGUCGGCACUGUCCCCGCGCGUGGCGUUCCUCGACCACCAGCGCUCGCUGCUGACGCUGGGGAACAGCCACCUCAAGCAGCGAAUCGCCGCGCUCGCGCAGGACAAGAUCUUCAAAGAUGCUCAUCAGGAGGCACUGAGGAAGGAGAUCGAGAGGCUGAGGCAAAUCUACCAGCAGCAGAGCCUGAAGAGCGGCGGGGGGGAGGCCCCAGCGCCCGACGCGGCCCCGGUCUGCGGCGACAAGGACGACAUGAUCGGCAGCAGCGAGGGGACCGCCGCGCCCGCGCUCGGCCCGCCCUCGUGAUGAGGAGGAGGAGGAGGAGGGGCGACACGUCCAUCCGAGUCGGUCGCUGUAGUGGGGAUGGCCCUGUCGCCCGCCCAUCACAGCGAGGCGCUGCUGCUGCUAGGAUUGGUGCAUUGCUUGGGUGUGCGUGUGUGUGUGUGCAUUCUUUGGGGUGUAACGUGAUUGUGAUGUAAAGAAGAGGAACUGGAUUGGUUUGGUUUGUUCAUUCUUGCAUGCAUCCUCUCCUGCUGCUGCUGGGGGUGGCUGCCGCUGCUAGCUCCUUCCACCUCCCCUGAUUUGUAACUUUUUGUUUGAGCAUUUUGGGCGAAGGUUGUAGGUAAAAAAAAAAGAUCAAAUGUAAUUCAGAUUGGUUGAGGUCGAUUUGUGUUUGGGGUGGUUUUGUAUGUAUCUGAUAAAUUAAAAAGAAAAGAAAAGAAAAUUGUACGUGUUCAAGUACCAA